AUGCCACCAAACUCCGAGAGAAUAGUCGUAGAGGAUCGCCGACAAGUCAGCUUUCCGCACUUGCCGUAUCCCGUGACGCGCAAAUCGGAGCCCCGCACCCCACAGCACUGGCUGAAGGGCAAGCGCCUUCAAGACGGUGCCCAAGGGCUCUGGAGAAUACACGACUCGAUAUAUGAUCUGACAAGCUUCGCGAGUGUACACCCUGGUGGCGCCGAGUGGAUCACUCUUACCAAGGGAACUGAUAUUACAGAAGCCUUCGAAACGCAUCACCUUCACGGCGUCGCCGAAGGAGAACUGCCCAAAUACUUCGUGAAAAAGACCGACGCUCCUAGGAACUCUCCGUUUACAUUCCAUGACGAUGGCUUCUACAAAACCCUUAAGCCGAAAGUCGCUGACAAGUUAAAGGAAAUACCAAAUAAUGAAAGAAAGCGGAGCGAUAUGAUAACCGACCUCGUGUUGGUGGCAUUCAUAGUUGCCAGUUCUCUGUCUUGUUGGAUGAUGCAUAAUAAGAGCAUUUGGAUUGGACUGGCCUUAAUACCGAUUAGCGGGUAUCUUUUGUCAUGCGUUGCAAUAUCUGCUCACAACUACUUUCAUAGACGAGAUAAUUGGAGAAUGUACUUAUUCGAUCUUCUUGGAUCUUCUUACAGAGACUGGCGAAUUAUGCACGCGCUAUCACAUCAUCUUCAUACAAAUACGGCUCAAGACCUAGAAAUUAGUGCGUUUGAGCCAUUCUUAGUGUUCUUGCCUUAUAUGUCUAAAACCAUGUUUGAGAAACUGGCUGCUGUAUACUGGCCCGUGAUAUAUUUAUUCGCAUGUUUGGUGCAACUAGGAAAAGAGGUUGUAUUCUCCACAAUGAACCACGAAGGGAAGCGUUUAAACUGGACCAACGCAAUUCCAUUCUUCGUGCCUACAUGGAUGUGGUACUUCGGAGGUCUGCCUCUUUACUGGACAAUCCCAGUCUGGCUCGGAACGAUGGUCUACGCUAGCUUCUUCUUCGUGAUGUAUGGCAUAACCGCGGGCCAUCACGCAGAAGAUAACUUCUUCGAGGGUGAUAAGGCCAGGGCCGAGUACGUGGACUGGGGACUCCAUCAACUUGACACAGUGGUGGAGAGGAUCGACUACACAGGCAACCUUUUCAAAUCUCUCACGCGCUUUGGGGAUCACUUCUUACACCACCUGUUCCCAACCUUGGACCACGCCGAGCUUAAGCACCUCUACCCAGUGGUCCUCGAACAUUGUAAAAAGUUUCAAGUUGAAUUGAGGACGACAACGUUCUAUCAGGCGUUCAAAAACCAAUACAAACAGCUUUUGAGAACCAAACCGCAUGACUUUAAAGAAAAAUAA